AUGUCAGGUGAUCUGAUGGACUUGGUUCACUGGCAGCGGGAGCUGGCCGACAAUUUGCAGGCCUUAUCGCGCACAUGCGAUGGAAUCAAUGCUGCGAUUGCAGGCAUGUCCAACUCGAAAACCUGCAGUGGUGGUCACGGUCAACCUCACAAUCAGGCAGGGACGCAGGUUCACGAGAAGUUCAAGCUGGAGUCUGGCGUACCGGUGAGGACCGGUGCCAAGGCAAAGGCCUCCACCAAACCCGUUACGAAGAAGCGCUCAUCGAGCCGCGUCUCCACUAUCUCCCUCACUUCCAAACCAGGCACUCGCUUGCUGGAUGAUUGGAGCGAGGCUUUCGUGGUAUCCGAGCAAGAGGCUACGAAUGUCUACAACGAGCUCUACGGCGAACGUGCCUCAGAAGGAGAGCGGGCCUUCUCAAGCGUUCAAAGCAUGCGAGAGUUCAGUACCCAAUGUUGUCAACGCAAGCGCUUCCGCGCAACACUUUUGGCGACAUGGGAGCUCAUGACAUUGUGUCUGGUUUUGGUAGACACCAUGCUAACUCCGUUGACGCUGGCUUGGCCACGCAGCAGAAGGACACCGUUCCGAUCCACAACCUUUUUCCUGGUGAGUCCGUGGAUAUGGGGCCUUGAUAUUCUGAUGAGCUUUGCCCCUGCCAUCCUAGCCAGCUCGUACUCCCAGAAGUUCCUGCUCGCCAAGAAAUACUUGGGCUCAGUAUUCCCACUUGACGUGUGCUUGCUGUCGGUGGAUAUCCUGGUCUUGUUCGGAAUCCAGGACGAGGGACUGAGAUUGCUGGUGUUGCUCCGGCUUCUGCGUUUCCUGAAAAUGCAGAGGGUCAUCACUACCUUUGAGUACAAGCUGGCAGAACGUGGGAGUACCAAAGUGGUGUCAUGCCUCGUUAUUCUGCAGUGCGUUGCCACUAUCCUCAUUGUGAACCACAUCUUGGCUUGCUUGUUGUUCUAUGCUGGGCAUCUUGGAAAAAUCUGGAACCGGAAGAACUGGAUCGAGUUUUACGAAGUCCUGGAGCAGACGCAAUAUUCCCAGUAUAUGACGUGCUUCAAUUGGGUCAUUGCAGAAUACACUCCAGCCCCCUUUCCAUACAAACCUCAAAACGAAAUAGAACAGACCUUCAUUAUCGUGAUCAUCCUGACAUGCUUGCCUUUGCUCGGGUCUCAAAUAGGAAAGAUCAGCGGCACCUUGAACUUGAUGAAGGAAAAGGCACGUGAACGAGAUAUGGUGCGAAGAGAGCUGCAGAGAUGGCUUCAGAAACGAGAAGCACCGGGGCGACUAAUGAGGCGCAUGCUCGCUUCCUUGGACAACGUCCUUGACUCCAGGGAAUCGCCACUGGAGAUCAAGGAACCUAUGGCUCUCAAGUUUCUUCCGCACAGCUUGUUAGAAGAACUGCGAAUCGUGAAGAUGAGCCAAAAGCUGGACAUGCACCCAUUACUGCACAUGCUGAUGGACGAUCGGCUGGCAAUAUCUGGCCGCUUGAGCACGUCUUUUCGUGAUGUCAAUGCCGUCCAGGGCGACGCGGUCUUCACAUCUGGUCGUCGUGGUGAAGGACUAUACAUCACUCAAAGCGGGCAGUUUGUUCUCCACACGGAUCCGCUGCAGGAUCUGGUGGCCCAAAACGCCCAAAAGAAAUCCAGCACACACAGUUCUGGCACAGGUGCACUGAUCCAGCAAGAAACCUGGUUAGCAGAGCUGUGCCUGUACACCAAUCUGAACCAUAUGUCGUCUCUCACAUGCACGGUUUAUUCCAAAGUGCUGACGACCCCAGUGGCAGAGUUUAUCCAAGCCGUCCGGACAUCUCCAGCAGCCGUGGUUGCUGUGCACGAGUAUGCUGUGCGUCUGCUGGCAACAUUUCAGCCACACAAAGUGCCAUGCUGGGAACGUCUUUCUCCAAAAGAUGCAGAAGUCUGCGUCAGCCACACGCAGCUGGCAGAGCUUCUGGCACCAGGCACCGGGCAGAUUCACAAUCUCAGAUCUUCGGAGGAGACUGACUUUACAACAUUCCUGGAUGAGAUCAUGGCUGAUGGGCUCAGCAACAACGACCUGGUCAACGUGUUCCAAAGGUUUAUUCCGGAGCUCCGGGGCGAUGGCAUCUAUGCACAGCUGCACUUUCAG